AUGGAUCCUCAAGAAGAAUCCGCCGCGGGAUCGCUACAGUCGGUCACUGGUGAGCAUGCCGACAGUGAAGUAGACCAGUUUCAGGAGACAAUCUUGCAGCAUCAAACCGAGUUUGAGCGCCUUUUACUCGACGACGAAACCCCUGACCUUGUCGCCGAUAUCAACCAGAACAUCGGCCGACACUCCGUCGGUCCCACCAUGGACCCAUCAAUCCUACGAGUCGAGUCACCACGGCUCGGUGAACCUUGGAACGUGGAACUAGGAUCAGAUACCAUUGCCGUUUCUUUCCAAGUAGCGAAGCCCGAGUCAAUCGCUUCUAGCCAGUUUCAACCAUCCGUCUUCCGAGUUAAUAAGCUCAGAAUACCUGAAGGCUCGAUUGCAUUAGGUCCCAUGGGCCAAAAGACAUUGUUUGUUGGUGGUAUUUACACUGUUGUGUACCCAGGAGACUACCCGCCACUCCCAAACGCACGCCAGUACAUGAUCCGCAGCAUUGUAUCUAAGGACAUGCUGCGAAUGGGUCCACUACGCAUGGAACCGUCACCGGAGGAGGAAGACGCGGACGACGUUGGUGUAUCAGCAUUGGAUAAGAACAUUGAUAGUACCUCGAUUUGGGAUCAGGACUUAGAUUUAAGUCCCAAGCCAAUGUUCACCGAUGCUUCUUUCGAUGCCCCAAGUCCCAGACUGGAGGGAGCUGGGUUCACAGCUGAGGAGGACCUAGAAAGUAAUGGUCUGCUACAGCCAUCUACUCACAGCCAACUUUCAUCACCCCAUCGCGACGCUUCUCCAUACUUCCUCCCCGAGCAAAUGACUUUUCUGGAGUACUUAGGCGACGCGGAACUGGGUGCAGACUCUGAUGAAGAACGAGUGUUUCUUGACGACGUGUUACUCUAUGACUCGGAUGAGGAGCACCCUCUGGAGAGAAACGACUUAGAUGAUUCCACGUCCGAACCCACGACGGAGAAUCGAGUGAGCACGGGAUGUAGUCCCAUUUUUCAAGUCCGAUUUCCCCAUCAAUAUUAUCUGAUGGACCCGAAUGGGUACUUCAUGAAUCUGGACACCCCGCAGACUUGUAUUGAGCAUGGGCUCAGCCCCCCGGGGUACGGAGGGGAGUACAUGAUCAUUCCCCCUGGCCAAGAGAUCGACCAAGGGGAUUUAGAAGGCACGGAAUUGUUCCGAAUGACGUUCAAUGAACCUAUGGGAUUCUUCGAGGAUGGCGUUAUGUCGUCUACGCUAUUAAAGGAGGGCUUUCAUUAUUUUAAGCUCAGAAGCACUGGCCAGAAGACGGACUUGGAGGUAUCCUGCCAAUCUGGUGCCUAUGAUCUCAAGAGACCACUGAGAAUCAAUGAAACGCAUGGUCUCGAACAGAGACUUCUUAAUCCAUCUGCACCGAGCGGCGCCACCAAGGAAGCCCUUCUGCCGCUUGUGUCGCAAGAGGUCGCCCAGCGAGCUGUUCCGCCGUAUGCACCGCGGAGACUCCCUCAACAAGCUGCUUGGACUGAGCCCGAAAAACUUCUUCUCCCAGCUGCUGGCGUUGAGCCCAAUCACCCCAACAACAAGCGCAAGUCGCCACCUGCUUCUGUCGAGCCUCCGCGCCGAAAAAGGGGUCGACCCAGGAAGAUAAGGCCAGAGGAUUCAGGCGCGGAAGGAACUACAGCUGCCCCUAGAAAGCCCCCCAAGACCGCAAACCGAGCGCCAUCUCAGCGCGAACCGCAACCUCGGAUUAAAGGAAGGUUUACAUUCAAGAACCCACCUGCGCAACCGCAGCCGCAACCGCAGCCGCAACCGCAGCCACUACCGCAGCUGCAACUACAACCGCAACCGCAGCUGGAAUUGCAACCGAAACCGCAAUCCUAA